UUGAACUCUUAAAUACUUUAUUUUCCAAAAAGUGAACAAAAACCAAAUGGGGACAUAUCUUUAAAAAUUAGAAUAGUAAAACCACAUAAAACAUUACAUAAUCAGUGAUAUUUAAUCGAAGUUUAGCGCCAUAUUGUCAUCAAAUCAAUAUUAUGACGUUAGGAAAUGACGUAUAAUUAACUUCCGGUUAUUGGAAGAAAGAAAGAAUGGGUGUACCAGAAAUUAAUCUCACGGAAAAAAGAAGAUGCUUAAUUGCCAAAAUAGCCAGUGUUUUGUGUCUGGUCACCAUUCCAUUUAAUUUCUUUAUGCUUACAGUAGCUGUUUAUAUUGAAGUUGCAAUACAAGACAAAGUUAGUCUUAUUGAAGGGAGUCGGGACGCAUUGCCUGCCUUUAUGAUUAUUUUGGGCCUUGCUGGACUGAUUAUUAACAUCUUAGCGUCACGAGUUUGCUGGGUUGUGCAUGACACGGCGAGGAGAGAUGUUUGGAAAAAGUUUCUAAUUCCAGUUUUUGUUCUUUCUUUGGUUUUAUUUGUGUGUACUUUUGUUGCAUCUAUGCUAUGUUUUGCAAACAUUGCUUCACUUCGUAAGUUAUUUAGCAAAGGAAUUUAUAUUUCCAUGAAAAAGUAUGCAACAGACAUGCCAAAGAAAAGUAUCAUCGACAAGUUACAGAUUCAGUAUAAGUGCUGUGGUUCAGAAGGAUACACAGAUUGGUUCAAAGUCAAAUUUGUAUCAAAGAAAUACAUUACUGAUGAAUAUAUGACAAAAGAAGAACAGCAUACAUACACAAAGUUUUCCGACCAUGUUCCCUUUAGCUGCUGUAACUACAAAGUCCACAGACCCUGUAUAGACACUCGAGUACAAGGCAAACACUUCAAGUAUGACUACAGCAAAGACAUAACAGUAUAUACAAGAGGAUGUAGUGAUGCGUUAAUGUCAAGAUAUAAAAAGAUGUUAAAGUCUGCAGGGGCUAUUGUUGUCUUGCUGGCAUUCUUGGAGCUGAGUAUAGGAUUAGGAACAAGACUCUUACAGACAAGCUUUGCAAACUUAGUUGAUGAUGAAGAUUCAAAGGGUUUUCUUCUUCCAUUUGGUGGAGGUCAAGCACAAGGCAAAGGUAAACUAAUGAGAAAUUUUUGUUUCUUCAAGAAGUAACCACACAACAAUUUAACAAUGUGAAGACAGGUUAUAAGUUAAUGGUUAAAACAAGCAAAUUCCAAGAAUUGUGGUCCCCCGCUUUUGGUGUCUCUGUGGAUGAGAUGUCAUUAUUUGUGACAUUUUGUGUCAAAUAUGAACACCCUAUUUUAUGUCAUUCACAAAAUUCAUGAUCACCAAAGUUAAUUUUUUUUUAAAAUGAGGUCAAUUGUGAAGGU